AGGGCACGGUCGCGCCACUUGACGCUCGAAACGGAAGAACGUUACAGUGAAAACACGCUUAUCACUAUCGUGUUCAAUAACAAACUUACGGACUUCAUCUAUUUCGAUGAAUAACUAAAUCUUAAUCAAGAAUCAUAUUCAGCAAAACAAAAUUAAGUGAAUAUUGGACGUUUCAGUCAAUGUGGACAGUGUUUAUGUGAAAAUUUUGUUUACGCUACCGAGGACGAUAAAUACAAAACUGUGAACUAAAAUCAUCCCAUCAUGAGUUUAGAGGCAUUAAGGACUAUUUGUUUAAAUUGAAGCCGAAAUAGACUUAAUAAAUUGAUGGAUACUUUACAUCCGGCAAGGGGACGCAACAAACGAACGCCGACGGAAAAAACAUGACACUGAGCCUACCGUGUCUUGUUUUCUUUCUUCCUUGAUAUUUGAUUUACCCCAUAAUGGCUGUUCAGCAAACAUCUUCAAGGAAACAAUUCUUCGGACAAAUCCUGUUUUGGUUUGUUGUUGGACUUAACGUCGCUGAUCAGAGCUCACUGCCACUGAAAUAUGAAGCUCCAGAUGAUUGUCAGUGGUGGCUAAGGAGUCCAAAUGAUGCCCACGAAGUUUCGCUUACAUGUAAACUUCGGACUAUAAAUAGUGAGUUCGACACCACCAACUUCAGCGUCAUUCCUUCAGAGCACACAACAUCUCUGAGAAUAGAAUGCAACGAAGAAAUGAUGUACAAAAGCUCAUUAGAUGAUCGAAGUUUCGCGCAUUUAGUGAAACUACGUGAACUUGUUUUGGAUAACUGUAAAAUUGGAAGAUGGCCGCCUGGUGUACUCUCCGGCUUGAGAGAUCUCCGAAAUUUAACGAUUCGAACGAAAAAUACGGAGUGGGCUGCGAUGAGUUUAGAGAUAGCAUCAGAAAGCUUCACGGCUGUUCGACAGUUGGAGAAGUUAGAUCUGAGUUUUAACAACAUUUGGUCGUUCCCCGAAAACUUGUUUUGCCCUCUAACUAAUUUAGUGUACUUGAACGUAUCUUCGAAUCGACUUCAAGAUGUGAGUGAUUUGGGAUUCAGAGAGAGAGCAAUGCACCAAGCUCUGAUUAGUGAGCAAGAUGCACCGGCUCCUUCCGCACAGUCAGUGCCACAUUCCACAUGCUCUCUGGACAUAGAAGUGCUGGAUGCAUCAAAUAAUCACUUCGUUUUAAUGCCAGAAAAUGGAUUCAUGGCGCUGAGAAGACUAAAAGAAUUGCAUAUACAUGACAACGAAAUAUCUAUGGUGGCAGAUAAAGCCUUAUCUGGAUUAAAACAAUUAACAAUAAUAGAUCUCUCGAACAACAAAAUCGUCGCUCUUCCACAAGAUUUGUUUAAAGAUUGUAGACCAGUGAUUAAAGAGAUAUAUUUACAGAAUAAUUCUAUUAGUGUGCUUUCACCAAGUCUAUUUGCUAACUUAGAUCAGUUACUAGCAUUAGAUUUAUCUAACAAUCACCUAACAAGCACAUGGAUUAAUGAGAAUACGUUUACCGGUCUAAUAAGAAUGGUAUUAUUGAACUUAUCGAACAAUAGAUUGACAAAACUAGACCCAAAAAUUUUCAAAGAUUUGUAUACUCUCCAGAUAUUAAAUGUGCAACACAAUAUGUUGGAAAGCAUUGCAGCCGAUACCUUUGCUCCGAUGAAUAAUUUACAUACGCUAAUUUUGUCGUACAACAAAAUAUCUCACAUCGAUGCAUAUGCCUUAAACGGAUUGUACGUAUUGUCUCUGCUAUCUAUAGACAACAAUCACCUCGAGGAACUCCAUCCCGAAGCGUUUAGAAAUACGUCCUCUCUUCAAGAUUUGAAUUUAAAUGGAAAUCGUUUGAAGAAAGUACCCAUAGCGCUAAGAAAUAUGCGAUUACUGAGAACUCUUGAUCUUGGAGAAAAUCAGAUAACAUCAUUGGAGGAGCCAGGCUUUGUCGGGUUGCAUAACGUUUAUGGCUUGCGUCUUAUCGGUAACAAAAUAGAAAACAUAAGCAAAGACGUAUUUUCAGAUUUACCAACCCUACAAAUUUUAAAUCUUGCACGAAAUAAGCUAAGGCGCAUAGAUAUGAAUGCUUUUGAAUCACUAACGAAUUUACAAGCUAUUAGACUAGAUGCCAACCAACUCACUGAUGUGCAAGGCCUCUUCGUAAAUAUUCCUUCUCUAUUGUGGUUGAACGUGUCAGAUAACCAAAUAGAAUGGUUUGAUUACGCCGUUAUUCCACCGGGACUUCAAUGGCUGGACCUACAUAGCAACAACAUCAAAGAAUUGGGAAAUAAUUACCGCUUAGAUAAAGAGCUGCGACUACAAACAUUGGACGCCAGUUUCAACAAAAUGACGAAAAUAUCUGCUUAUUCAAUUCCGAGCAGCGUUGAGCUUCUGUUCCUGAAUGAUAAUCAAAUUACACAAGUUGAAGCUCAAACUUUUGUUGGAAAAACCAAUUUAACGAGAGUCGAUUUGUAUGCAAAUCAGAUAACUAGUAUGGAUCUCAAUGCGCUUCGUUUGACUCCCGUCGAUCCCGGGCGACCCCUGCCCGAAUUUUAUAUUGGCGGAAAUCCUUUCCAAUGCGACUGUACCAUGGAGUGGCUACAACGCAUCAAUAAACUAGACCACCUCAGGCAACACCCGAGGGUAAUGGACUUGGAGAGUAUAUACUGCAAGUUGCUGUAUAAUCGUGAAAGGACUUAUAUUCCCCUCAUCGAGGCGGAAUCAUCUCAGUUUUUGUGUACAUAUAAAACCCAUUGUUUUACGUUGUGUCAUUGUUGUGAUUUUGACGCUUGUGAUUGUGAAAUGACGUGCCCAUCGAACUGUACGUGUUAUCACGACCAGCCAUGGUCGGCGAACAUUGUGGACUGUUCCGCUGCCGGGUAUUCUGAAAUACCUAACACUAUUCCUAUGGACGCUACUGAACUAUAUUUAGACGGUAAUAACUUUGGUGGUCUAACAAGUCAUGCUUUUAUAGGACGUAAAAAUUUAAAAAUAUUGUACGCGAAUAACUCUAAUAUUGACGCUUUGUAUAAUAAUACGUUUAGUGGACUAAAACGCUUAACAGUGUUGCAUUUAGAAAAGAACAAUAUAAAAGAAUUGCUCGGUUUUGAGUUGUCGCCCUUGGAGAGUUUACGUGAGUUGUAUCUACAAGACAAUAAAAUACACUACAUCGAUAACCGAACCUUUAUAGAGCUGAGGCAUUUAGAAGUGCUACGUUUGGACGGGAAUAACAUUUACGGCUUUGCUGUGUGGCAAUUCACGAUGAAUCCAUAUUUGGUUGAGAUAAGCCUCUCCCGUAACCUGUGGUCUUGCGAUUGUCAAUAUAUGCACAAAUUCCGAAAUUGGUUUAAAAAUAACCUUGGUAAAGUGGAAGAUGCCGACAAGAUCACCUGUAUAUUUGACAACAUAACAAACGCAGUGGGGCCACUUAUGGCUGAUUUUAACAAUACAAUAUGUACAAGCCAUGUCGGUGGAAGCUCGUCUAUUAUAGAGAAUCAAGUUAUAAAUGAUUAUCUUCCACUGCUAUUAAUAUCCCUCUGUGUAUUUGUAUUAAGCUCAGCCCUCAUAUGCGGCGUGUUUUAUUGGCGUCGUGAGCUCCGUGUCUGGAUUUACUAUCAUUGUGGAUUUCGUAUGUGCUACAAAAGUACGGCCUUCGACGAUGAAGCCGACAAAGACCGACUAUUUGACGCCUACAUAAGCUAUAGCGUGAAAGAUGAGGCGUUCGUCGCUCAAAUGUUAGCGCCCGGUCUAGAAUCCACCGACCCUAGUUUCCGACUUUGCUUACAUUAUCGCGAUUUCAACGCCUCAGCUUACGUCGCGGAUACAAUAAUAGAAGCAGUGGAGUCAUCUAAGAGGACUAUAAUUGUCCUUUCUAAAAAUUUCAUUAACAACGAAUGGUGUCGUUUCGAAUUCAAGACGGCACUGCACGAAGUACUGAAAGAGAGACGAAGAAGACUGAUAAUAAUAUUGCUAGGCGAGCUACCGAAUAGAGACAUCGAUCCGGAGCUGCGGUUGUGUUUGAAGGCAAAUACGUGUAUAGAGUGGGGGGACAGACAAUUUUGGCAAAAGUUAAAGUUCGCGAUGCCGGACUUGAGGAAGUGUCAGUAUCAUCGUUCGACUGUGAAUAUUUACGCGUCGGUGUCCCCGGUGGGGGCCGGGCGGGCGCCGGCGCCGCCCCCUCCCCCGCCGCCGGGCAAGCUCCCCCCCCUGCUGGGCGACGGGCUGGCCCUCUCUGCCGGCGUGCACGCGCGCGAGCACCCACACCGCAUGCCGCCGCAUGCGCAACUCUGGGCGUAGCGUAUGCUCCAACGCAGGUAAAAUUUAACUCUACUUGCAACGCUUAAGCGUAUUAGUCCAAAACGUGAUAAUUAUUUUUAAGUUGUUCCAUAUUGUAUUUAUUAUGUAGGCUAAGAUAUUUUGUACGCCUAAUUUCCUGCAUUUAUUUUAUACGUGAAUAGGGCGCUACUUUUUGUUUAAGUUAUUAUGGAUUUAAUUUUCCUAUUUUCUGCGAUAGUAUUUAUAGGAGAACUACGUAUAGGCCAUUGUAAAUAGCCAUUGUACAAACAAGAAAAAUCGCUUAAAUUAUUAUAAUGCCAAAGUUAAAAACUUAUGUACAGAUGCAUUUAUACUAUAAUUUUGUUAAAUACUAUGAUUGUCAUAAAAAGACUGUAA